AUGAACCCCGUUUUGGUAUCUGCGUUGGUGGCUCUUGCGGCCGCGGCGCCGGCUGCGGAUGCCGACUUGUCCAAGUUUGCGCUGACAGAUACUGGCUCAAUUGGAGGUGGAAAUACAUUUCCUGGUGUUUCGCGGCCGCUUGGUAUCGUCAAGCUCGGCCCAGACCUUUAUUCCGGGACUGAUGCCUAUUCUGGCUAUCUUGCGAAUGGUAACUUUACCGGCUUUUCGAUGCUCCAUGAGAGCGGCACUGGUGGUGCUCCGAAAUACGGAGUUGUAUCACAAAUGCCUGUUGUGGGCAAGCUUGACAACCCUCUUGUGCAAAAUACCAACGACACUCGCGCCGAGCCCGACUACACUGAAGUCGGAUACUACAGAGCAAAGCUUGGUUCAGGCACCACCGUGGAGCUCGCAGCGACUACAAAAGCCGGCCUACUGCAAUAUACGUUCCCAAAGACUUCCAACCCCUUGAACAUUUGGGUUGACGUCUCACAUGUGUUGUCGUCGUAUCGCGGACAAGGUUUAGGCCAGCACUAUCUCGGUGGUAAUAUCACUGUGCUGGAUGAGCCAGACAAGCCAGGCUUCCUGUAUUACACUGGCUCCGGUAAAUAUGACAAUGGCUGGAACAGAGCAGCCCCAUGGACUGUGUAUUUCUGCGGCCACUUUGAUGCGCCCGCCACGCACAAGGUCUUUCGUAGCCCAGAAGGCAAAGAUGGCAAGCGAGAGGACACAGCCCAAGCGCCUCGUGCUGGCGCGCUCUUUACAUUCAACCAAACUUCGGUGGUGUCGCGGGUGGGCGUCUCCUUUAUUUCAACACAGCAGGCUUGCGAUAGCGUGGCGAGAGAGAUGCCUCGUGGCAGCAAAAUUCGGGAUGUUCAAGACCAAACCCGCCAAGUAUGGAACAAGGAAGUAUUCAGCAAAGUAACAACAACCGAGACAAACACGACCAAGCUCAACCAACUCUACAGUGCACUAUACUUUAUGCACCUGCUGCCACAGAAUAAGACUGGCGAGAAUCCGCUGUGGAAAUCUGACGAACCGUAUUAUGACGAUAUAUUCACAUUUUGGGACAUUUAUCGUUGUACAACCAGUCUGCUUCAUGUUCUGCAACCCGCGUACUACGAAGAACUUCUUCGAUCCAUGAUUGACAUUUGGCGCAACGUGGGCUGGGUAUCCGACGCGCGAUCGUCAUUCUCCAACGGCGCUGUCCAAGGCGGCUCCAACUCGGACAAUGUCUUUGCCGACGCCUACGUCAAAGGCGUGCGUGGCAAAGUCAACUGGGACGACGCCUUUGCCUCCAUGGUCAAGAAUGCCGAAAAAGUUCCCCCAAACAACAAUGACUCUCGCGACCCCACGGGGUCUACCCGCGAAGGCCGCAGCGCUCUUCCAGACUGGUUGCAGUACGGCUACAUUACCCCCAAGUUUUCAAGAUCUGUCAGCCGUGCGGUGGAAUAUUCUGUCAACGACUUUUCUCUGGCCUCCGUCGCGGCAGGUCUAGGCAAGGACGCCGAAUUUGACCGAUACUUUAACCGCUCCCACAACUGGCGCAACCACUGGAACACCAACAUGACUGCGCUGGGCUUCAGCGGCUUUGUCGGCCCGCGAAACACGUCUGGGUUCCUAUCUCAGGACCCUCUGUCCUGCGGCGGCUGCUACUGGCGCGAUUAUUACUACCAGGCGCUCCCCUGGGAAUACUCUUUCAACGCGCACCACGAUCUGACGAAGCUCAUUGAGCUCUGCGACGGCAAUGAAAUGUUUGUGAAGCGUCUUGAAAAGACGUUUGAGCCGGGUGUCUUUUCCGGCAACGGCGCUUUUGGACAUACCCUCUUCAACCCGGGCAACGAGCCGAGCUUCACGACACCGUACCUGUACAACUUUGUCAACCGCCAGGACCUGGCCGUCGAGCGCAGUCGAUUCAUCGCCAAGUCCUACUACCACCCGACGCGCGACGGCCUGCCCGGCAACAGCGACGCGGGAGCCAUGGAGUCGUGGCUUCUGUGGAACAUGAUUGGCCUCUACCCCAUGACGGGGCAGACGACCUUUUUCAUCGGCUCGCCAUGGUUCUCGAACCUGACGAUUGCCCUCGGCGGCGACAAGACGCUCAAGAUGACGAGCGAGGGCGGCUCCGAGGACGCCUACCAGGUCCAGUCCCUCAAGGUCAACGGGAAGCAGUGGAACAAGAGCUGGCUGAGCUGGUACGACAUCUUUGCGCACGGCGGCACGCUCGAGUUUGUGCUAGGCCCCAAGGCGGCUAGCUGGGCGACUGGGGAACGCCCCCCGAGCCCGGGGAGCCUGAGUGCUAAAGAUGCCAAAGCCUUCUUGAGGAAGCAAGUAGGCAAAGGCAAGUGCAAAAAGUAA